UAUCAGGAACAUGGCAGCGUCCUGAGCUGUGUGUACGCUGAGACUGAGCGCCUUCAGCAUCAAAGUGGGAAAACUGACGAGCACCAGCCGCACUUAGUGGAGGGUGGGGAGCCCCGGCACGGCUACUGAAACAUCUGUUAGCGGUUUUACAGGUCUCGUGGAAAGAUGAAUGUCGUCAGAGAAAACAAAGACUUGGCCUGUUUCUACACCACCAAACACUCCUGGAGGGGAAAGUACAAGCGAGUUUUCUCAGUGGGAACCCAUGGCAUUACAACUUACAAUCCUGCAACACUAGAAAUAACAAACCAGUGGCCUUAUGGAGACAUCUGCAGUAUUGGUCCAGUAGGAAAAGGUCAGGGAACAGAAUUCAACCUCACAUUCCGCAAGGGCAGUGGCAAGAAGUCAGAAACGCUGAAGUUCUCAACAGAACAUCGGACAGAGCUGCUUACAGAGGCUUUGAGAUUCAGAACAGAGUUUUCAGAAGGAAAGAUAACUGGCAGGCGUUACAACUGCUACAAGCACCACUGGAGUGACACACGGAAGCCUGUGAGCUUAGAGGUGACACCAGGAGGCAUUGACCAGAUUGACCCUCAUACUAACCGGAUGGUGUGUUCUUACGACUAUCGCAACAUAGAAGGUUUUGUCGAGGUCUCGGAUUAUCAGGGAGGUUUCUGCAUUGUUUAUGGUGGCUUCAGCAGGCUGCAUCUCUUUGCCUCAGAGCACCGGGAUGAAAUCAUCCGUAGCUCCAUAGAGCACGCUGGGAACUUCAUCGGCAUUACGCUGCGAGUGAGGAAGGAGGCGCUGACCUUUGAGGGAUUUGUGACAGACAGGUUGGGGAAGUACAGUUCCGAUGAGAGUAUCACUUCUCUGGCUGAAUUUGUGGUUCAGAAAAUCUCUCCUCGCCACCCUGAGCCUGUUAAACGUAUCCUAGCCUUGACGGAGACGUGCCUAGUGGAGAGAGAUCCAGCUUCGUACAACAUAGUAACCAUCAAACCUUUUGGGGAGGUAUUUGCUCUCAUCUGUGAUGUAGACAACCCUCAGGUGUUUACAGUUGAAUUUAUCAGAGGCCAGAUCAGAAAGUUCUCUUCGACUGAAAGGGACUCUUUGUUAGCCAGCCUUCUCGAUGGAGUUCGUGCAUCAGGCAACAGGGACGUGUGUGUUAAGAUGGCUCCAACACAGCGAGGUCAACGAUGGGGCUUGAUGAGCAUGCCUGUGGAUGAGGAAGUGGAGAGUCUGCAUCUCAAAUUCCUGGCAGCGCCACCUAAUGGAAACUUUGCUGAUGCAGUGUUCAGAUUUAACGCCAACAUAUCUUAUAGCGGCGUGCUGCACGCGGUAACCCAAGACGGCCUUUUCUCUGAGAACAAAGAGAAGCUCAUAAACAACGCUAUCCUGGCGCUUUUAUCCCAGGAGGCUGAACUGCCAACUCUCAAUGCUGAGCUGGAGAGCCAUUUCCAGGCCAUUCGACGACUGGUGGCCUCUAAAGCUGGUUUCCAGGCUUUCACUCAGCUGCCUAAGUCUGGUCAAUGGUCUGGACUCACAGAUGGAACGUUCAGGGAGAAGUUGGGAGUGAAGACUGUAAGAGCUUUAAAGAGGAAUAAUAACGGUGUGACACAUGCUGCUAUCGACAUGCUUUGUGCCCUUAUGUGUCCAAUGCAUGAUGAUUAUGACCUAAGACAGGAGCAGCUGAACAAAGCCUCUUUGCUGUCCUCUAAGAAGUUCCUAGAAAACCUUCUUGAGAAAUUCAUCACUAAUGUGGACCACGGGACUGGCGCCUUGGUCAUCAGUUCUUUGCUGGACUUCUUAACCUUUGCCCUCUGCGCCCCCUACAGUGAAACCACUGAGGGCCAGCAGUUUGAUAUGCUGCUUGAAAUGGUGGCCUCCAAUGGCCGCACCCUCUUCAAACUCUUCCAGCACCCCUCCAUGGCAAUAGUAAAAGGAGCAGGCCUCGUGAUGAAGGCCAUUAUUGAGGAGGGAGAUAAGGAAAUAGCCACAAAGAUGCAAGAACUGGCUUUGAGUGAAGGAGCUCUGCCACGUCAUCUGCACACCUCUUUGUUCACGAUCAGCGCGGACCAGCGGAUGCUCACCAACAGGCAGCUGAGUCGUCACCUAGUGGGACUGUGGACGGCAGAGAACCCAGUUGCCAUGAACCUCCUGAAGCGGAUUCUGCCUACAGGGCUGCUAGCCUACCUCGACAGUUCUGACCCUGUCCCGGAGAAAGAUGUGGACAGAAUGCACGUUCGUGACAACCUAAAAAUUGCCACGGACCAGCUAAACCGCAACAAGGUGCCUGAAUGGCAGCGGAUAGCGGGCAAAGCAGCCAAAGAAGUGGAGAAGUUUGCCAAGGAGAAGGCUGAUUUAGUUCUCAUGCACUGGAGAGAUAAGAUGGGCAUAGCGCAGAAAGAGCAGGACAGAAAUAACUUGAACCCAAAUCAAAAGCCCGUCAUCCUGCGAAAGAGAAGACAGAGAAUUAAGAUUGAAGCCAAUUGGGAGCUUUUCUACUACAGGUUUCAGCUUGACCAUGCACGGUCCAACCUCAUCUGGAAUCUUAAGACGCGGGAGGAACUGCGGGAUGCUCUGGAGGGGGAGAUGCGUGCUUUUAACGUGGAUCGUGAACUUGGAAGUGCCACAGUCAUCUCUUGGAACCAUCAGGAAUUUGAGGUGAAAUAUGAGUGCCUUUCUGAUGAGAUAAAGAUUGGGGAUUAUUACUUGCGUCUACUGUUAGAGGAGGAUGAAAACGAAGAAUCGAGUGCCAUCAAAAGAUCAUACGACUUCUUCAACGAGCUUUACCAUCGCUUUCUGCUUACACCCAAAGUGACCAUGAAGUGCCUGUGCUUGCAAGCUCUCUCGAUAGUCUAUGGAAAGUGCUAUGAGGAGAUCGGCCCCUUCACAGACACAAAAUACAUUGUUGGCAUGUUGGACCGGUGUACAGACAAACUUGAGAGGGACAGACUCAUCCUCUUCCUCAACAAACUCAUUCUCAACAAGAAAAAUGUGAAGGAGGUGAUGGACUCAAAUGGGGUGCGCAUCUUGGUGGAUCUGCUCACUUUGGCCCACCUGCAUACCAGCAGAGCUACUGUGCCGCUGCAGAGCAAUGUCCUGGAGGCCGCACCUGACAUGAAGAGAGAGAGUGAGAAAGAGUGGUACUUUGGGAAUGCAGACAAAGAAAGAAGAGGACCUUUUAGUUUUGAAGAGAUGCAGGAGUUUUGGGACACGGGUGUCCUCACAGUGAAGACCCGCUGCUGGGCUCAAGGGAUGGAUGGAUGGCGCCCCCUACAGGCCAUUCCCCAGCUGAAAUGGUGCCUCUUGGCUACUGGGCAGGCAGUGAUGAAUGAAUCUGACCUGGCUACAUUAAUCCUUAACAUGCUCAUCACCAUGUGCUCCUACUAUCCGAGCAGAGACCUAGAUAACGCCAUUAUCCGCCCGUUACCAAAGAUCAAGAGGGUGAUCAGUGACAAUGCUUGUCUUCCUCACAUUGUCCAGUUGCUGUUGACCUUUGACCCCAUUUUGGUGGAAAAGGUUGCAAAUGUCUUAUAUCUGGUGAUGCAGGACAACCCUAAUCUGCAGCGUCUGUAUUUGACUGGCAUCUUCUUCUUCAUCAUGAUGUACACAGGGUCCAACGUGCUUCCUGUGGCAAGGUUCCUGAAGUACACUCACCUAAAACAAGCCUUCAAAUCAGAGGAGGCUAAGGGUCAGGACAUAGUCCAGCGUAGUGUUCUUGGGCCAGUGCUACCUGAAGCAAUGGUUUGUUAUCUGGAGAACUACGAGGCUGAGCGCUUCUCUGAGAUUUUCCUUGGAGAAUUUGAUACUCCUGAGGCUAUUUGGAGUAGCGAAAUGAGGCGGAUGAUGAUCGAGAAGAUAGCUGCCCAUGUGGCUGACUUCAGUCCCAGGCUGCAGAGCAACACGCGGGCCCUCUAUCAGUACUGUCCCAUCCCAGUGAUUAGUUUCCCUCAACUGGACAAUGAGCUCUUCUGCAACAUCUACUACCUCAGACAUCUGUGUGACAUCACCCGGUUCCCUAACUGGCCCAUUCGAGAUCCUGUGAAACUGCUAAAAGACACUCUGGAAGCCUGGAAGAAGGAGGUAGAGAAGAAGCCUCCCUCUAUGUCUAUUGAUGAUGCCUAUGAAGUCCUUAACCUCCCCAAAGGGCAGGGACAGCAUGAGGAGAGUAAAAUCAGAAAAGCCUACUUCAGACUGGCUCAGAAAUACCAUCCUGACAAGAAUCCAGAAGGCAGGGAAAUGUUUGAACAAGUUAAUAAAGCGUAUGAGUUCCUGUGUACAAAGUCUGCCCGAUUCAUAGACGGCCCCGACCCAGAAAACAUAAUCCUCAUUCUCAAAACACAAAGCAUCCUGUUCAACAGACAUAAACAAGAACUGGAGCCGUAUAAAUACGCUGGUUACCCCAUGCUCAUCAAAACUAUCACGAUGGAGACAGAGGACAGCCAGCUUUUCUCCAAAACCUCCCCUCUCCUUCCGGCCGCUGCUGAGUUGGCCUUCCACACAGUCAACUGCUCGGCCCUUAAUGCAGAGGAGCUGCGCCGCGAGAACGGCAUUGAGAUUUUGCAGGAGGCUCUUUCUCGUUGCGUUGGUGUUUUAACUUUAUCCAGUAAGGCUGAAGACAUGGCGGUCCAGGUGUGCGGGCACAUCUGUAAGUGCUACAGUGUGGCUGCUCAGUUCGAGGAAUGCAGAGAAAAGAUCAUUGAGCUGCCCAACAUCAUCAGGGACCUUUGUCACAUCUUGUUCUAUGGAAAGGGUCUCCCAAAAACUGCAGCCCUGGCCGUACAGUGUGUCAGCUCCUUUGCAGUGGACUUCUUUCUUCAGACCCACUUGUAUCACGCUGGUGUGCUUUGGCACCUGAUGGUCUACCUUUUCAACUAUGACUACACCCUAGAGGAGAGUGGUGUGCAGGCAAGUCAGGACACAAACCAACAGGAGGUUGCUAAUAAUCUGGCAAAGCUCAGCCUGAUAGCUCUCAGUCGUCUGGGAGGCUACACCCAGACACCACAUACUCCGGAUGGGAACAAUCCUGCAUCAGCAUUUAACGGGGUGGAAGGCACACCUCCGGAGAACCCCACAAUUCGGAAGAGCCUAGCAGCCAUGCUGACGCCAUACAUUUCAAGGAAGCUGGGAAGUGGCUCUCCUGCAGAGGUGUUGAAGUUGCUUAAUUGCAACUCUGAAAACCCCUACCUCAUAUGGAACAAUGGAACACGAGCAGAGUUGCUGGAGUUUCUGGAAGGACAACAGGAAGGAAACAUCAGGAGGGGUGAAAAUGACAAAAGCUUUGGUUCAGAGUUCAUGUUCAGUGAUCACAGCAAAGAGCUAAUAGUUGGGGAGAUUUUUGUCCGGGUCUACAACGAGCAGCCAUCUUUUCCACUUGAGUUUCCCAAAGUAUUUGCAGCUAGCCUUCUGGAUUAUGUCGGCUCCCAAGCACAGUACCUUCACACUCUAUUGGCUAUGAGUCACAGCAACAAAGUCGAGUCUCAGCAGCACGCUGAGAGGCUGCGCUUCGCUGAGAUGGCCUUAGAGGCGCUCCGUAACGUGAUCAAGAACAACCCUGGUUCUGAGUCUGAGUGCAUCGGUCAUUUCAAGCUACUCUUCUCUUUGUUACGAGUUCACGGAGCCGGCAGAGUGCAGCAGCUGGUUUUGGAGGUUGUAAAUACAGUGACGUCCAAUCAAGAAUGUGUGAGCAACAUUGCUGAAGCCCUGGUGUUGUCCAACCUAUUAUUAUUGCUUCACUCGUUACCCUCCAGUAGACAGAUGGUGCUGGAAACUCUGCAUGCUCUCACUUCCAACACAAAAAUCAUCAAAGAGGCUAUGUCCAAAGGUGCCCUGAUCUACUUGCUGGACCUUUUCUGUAACUGCACACACCCCCAGGUUCGCACCCAGACUGCAGAGCUUUUCUCCAAAAUGACCUCUGACAAGUUGGUUGGGCCAAAGGUUCGUCUAACACUGAUACGCUUCCUUCCUGCUGUCUUCAUGGAUGCUAUGCGAGAUAACGCAGAGGCAGCAGUGCAUAUAUUCGAGGGAACGCACGAGAACCCUGAGCUCAUCUGGAACGAUAGCUCCAGGGAGACAGUUUCCACCACUGUCCGAGAAAUGAUGCUCGAGCACUUUAAACAGCAGAAGGAUAAUCCUGAUGUUAACUGGAGAUUACCAGAGGACUUCACAGUGGCUUAUGGAGUGGGACAGGGUGAGUUAGAAGUUGGUGGAGUCUUCUUGCGCAUCUUUAUUGCUCAGCCAGGCUGGGUGCUACGAAAGCCUCGAGAGUUCCUUGUAGCCCUCUUGGAGACGCUGACUGCGCUACUGGAGAAAAACAACCCCAAUGGUGAGGCCUUGGAGACAGUUACCACAGCAGCAGUGUGUCUGUUUAGCACACAGAGCCAGCUGGCCGACCAGGUUCCUCCUCUGGGCCACCUUCCCCGCAUCCUCGCUGCACUGAACCACAAGAAUAACGCUAUACCAAAGAGCUCCAUCCGCCUCAUCCACGUGCUGUCUGACAAUGAGUUGUGCGUACGGUCCAUGGCUUCUCUGGAUACUAUUGGGCCCCUCAUGAGUGGGAUGAAAGCUCGUGCUGACAUGGCUGGCUUAGCUUGUGAAGCUCUCAACCGCAUGUUCCAGAAGGAGCAGACAGACCUAGUCGCGCAGGCCCUCAGAGUUGAGCUGGUCCCAUACCUUCUGAAGCUUCUGGAAGGAAUCGGCUUGGAGACAUUAGAAAACCCCUCGGCUACUAAAGCUCAGAUAGUAAAAGCACUCAAGUCCAUGACUCGGAGCUUGCAGUAUGGAGAACAGGUAAAUGAAAUUUUAGCAAGAUCGCCUGUGUGGAGUGCCUUCAAAGACCAGAAACACGACCUUUUCAUCUCAGACUCCCAGACUGCUGGCUACCUGACAGGGGUAUCCACUCCUUCUCUCCUGGCUGCCAGCAGUCCACUACGAGGUGGACUCUAGACUCUGAGCUUGGCAAUCUCAGCCCUCCUAUUUUGCUCUGAUGCAGGCCCAGGAGUAGCAGGCUACCUUACGGCAGGAACUAGCACAACGGUAAUGCCCAGCGUCCCACCCCCUGUGGACCACGACAGCGUUGAACAGGGCUGAUGGACAUGUGCCGUCGCGCUCAGGCACCCAGAAUGCACUGCAGCCUCACAGCCGCAGCUCAGUGGGACUGCUCAGCUCCUUACAUAAGGAGAUUGGAGGGGAGAGAGACAGGGAGGAGACUAGUCACCAAAAUAUCUGCAACUUCUCUUCCAGUGUUGCUCCCCUCUUUCACAUGGCACUCGAGUCUUUGUAAACACUUUGAAAUUGUUUAAAAGGAUGACCACUUUUUUUCUUUUUGUUACAUUUCUUCCAAUGACAGAUGUUUACUUUUUCUAUGAAUAUAUUUUUUACUUAGAUUUUUGUGAGAAAAGCAUCAGAAGACUGAAGGUUAUCAUCAGUAACCUACAACUUUUCUUUACCCCACCCCCCCCCCCCCCCCCCCUUAUCGUUAUGAUCAGUUACAUUCACCCCCAAAUCUUACCUCGAGUGUGCUCAGCCUGAUUUGUGACAACUGCUCAAUGAAUUAAAAUCCCUUGUAUGGGAUUCUGGCAUGAGAAGAGAAAUAACCCUGAAAUCUGAUAAUAAUUAUGUUGUUUUUUUGUUUGUUUUUUCCUGACCCAAGUGUCCAAAGAAAAUGUUCUUUGAACCCGCAGACUGAUGUUUUGUCAGGUUUCAUCCGGUUGGCUUUGAUCCAGCCAUUCAGAGAAGAUAUUAAUCUGCACUCUCAUCGUCUGCUCAGAUUUCCUAUUUAAUUUUCCUCUCCCUUAUGCUUCGUCAUCUUAUUUCCAGAAAGCAAAAAGAACUGAUAUUUAUAGAUGAAUAUUGUCCUUCUGCCGCCCAGAAUGAGCUUCUGCUAAGACCCGAGGAAUGAUGUCGACAAUGAUUAGAAAUCUAUGUGAAAGACUAGUGCAAUUUGUGAAAUGUUCAGUGUAAUAUUACGUAUAUAAACUUUCUAUACUGAAUGUACAUUCAAAAAGAAAUCAGUCUCACUUGUACAUAAAAUUUUAAAAAUAAAAGGGAACCCACAGUGUUUACAUUUCUCUUAUUUCAGUGCAAUUUUU